AUGUCCUCCUCUGCAGACUCGAUAUCAGACGGCGAGCUUGAGGAUAUCUACCGCUUCGCCAUACAGCUAGGCAGGGAUGCGGGACAGAUGCUGCUGGACGGCCUGCAGCGGCGGCGGAGCCUGGGAGCCGAGGGGAUGCCGGAGGCGCAAGUCGAGAAAUUGAAUGCGGUGGAUAUCGUGACGCAGACGGAUCAUGACGUCGAAGCCUUCAUCCACAAGUCCAUUCGAGAGCGGUAUCCUACGCAUGAAUUUGUGGGCGAGGAGACGUACUCUGCUGGCGCGACGCGCGACUACCUGGUGACGGACCGCCCGACGUGGAUCGUCGAUCCGCUCGAUGGCACAGUCAACUAUACGCAUGGGUUCCCCAUGUUUUGCGUCUCGAUCGCGCUGUGCGUAGACCAGCGGCCCGUCGUGGGCGUUAUCUACGCGCCGCUACUGCAGCAGUUGUUCUCGGCAAGGCGCGGGGGAGGGGCGUGGUUGAAUGAGAGUACGAGUUUGCCGUUGCUGGGAGGGGGAAUUGGGCCGUUGCCGAGGGAGGCGCCACGGAAGUGUCUGUUUGGGUGUGAGUGGGGAAAGGAUCGCCGGGAUCCGGAGACUGGGGAGGGGAAUCUGGGGAGGAAGAUCGAGAGCUUUGUGACUAUGGCGAUGGAGCCGAGAGGAAAGGGGGAAAGGGGUGGUAUGGUGCAUGGGGUGCGGAGUCUGGGAAGUGCGACGAUGGAUUUGGCGUAUACGGCGAUGGGAGCAUUUGAUAUAUGGUGGGAAGGCGGCUGUUGGGAGUGGGACGUUGCAGCAGGUAUAUGUCUGCUGCAAGAAGCGGGUGGUUUGGUAACGACGGCGAAUCCACCGGUGAACUGGGAGGAGAGGUGGGGACCCGGACAGGGGGUGCCUGAGAUCAGUCUCGGAGGAAGGUUGUACCUUUGCAUUCGACCAGCUGUGGAUGCUGUCGAUGGUAGUGAGACGGGGAGGCAGAGUCAAGAAAGAGUAGUCAGGGAGGUAUGGAAGCGGGUGAAGCGGCUAGACUACUCUAGACCAGGAGUAGAAGUGAGCUGA